CCCAGCAGGACCUACUUUCCUCUCUGAAAAUGGCUGCCUCGGUGAACACUUUCUGUUCAAUUCCUUGAAGCCCUUCGUUGUGGGGGGGAAAAGCGGAGGAGGGUAAAGACCCAGCCAGCGAUGCUUCUUUGAACCCCGUCCUCUCCUGGAGCUGAGGAUUAGGGUGCGAGGGGAGAAGGUGAGAAGUUAACAAAAAACAAAUAAACGGGAAGGAGAGAGCGAAACAGGAAAAGAAAGAAAGCAGGCCUGGAACAGAAGGUCUCUUGUAGACAGGAUGGAUGAUCAGAAACCACCCGGUGAGGACAAAGAUUCUGGCACACCAGCAGCAGAUGGAAUUGUGUCCUCCGGGGAACAGGGCAGCGUGGAAGCCGAUCCUCUAAAGCCGCCAGAAGCGGGCCCGGCGAAAGAGGCAUUGGAAGAAGAGGAAGUGAAAGAGGAACCACCCCGGACCUGCAGCUCCCCACCCAAGCGCUGUGCAUUCUGUAACUGUAGCAAGUGGAGCCUGCAUGGACAGCGAGAACUCUUGCGGUUUGAUCCUACACCUGGCUGGGCAGAAGACCUUUCCGACCCGCAGGGAGGGAAGCAGCCUGGCUCAACGGAAGCUGGAAGUGAUGACGUGACCCUGAUUGGCUUUGCAGAAGGAGUGUCAGCCCGAGAGGUCUUUGAGCAAACAGGGCACUUUUGGGCUCAUCACUGGUGUGUGGUGUGGUCGGCUGGAGACUUGCGUGCCGAAGGGUCAUGGUUGAGCCUUGUGAACAAAGCGGUCAUCUCAGGGAUUGCACAGAAAUGUGAACACUGUAACAGGCGGGGCGCUACCAUUCCGUGCCAUGCAGAGGGGUGCCAGCGCCACUAUCACUUCCCCUGUGCGGCGGCUAGUGGCUGCUUCCAGUCCAUGAAGAGCUUGAAGCUCCUGUGUCCGGAGCACCUAGACCAGGCUGUGCAGAUGGAGGACUCGCGCUGCAUGGUGUGUGACGCCCCAGGGGAGCUGCGCGAUCUUCUCUUCUGUACUAGCUGCGGUCUGCACUACCAUGGAGCUUGCUUGGAGAUCACAGUGACGCCACGCAAACGUUCGGGCUGGCAGUGUCACGAAUGCAAAGUUUGCCAAACCUGCAGAAUGUCCGGUGAGGACAGCAAGAUGUUAGUGUGUGAAGCUUGUGAAAAAUGCUACCACACCUACUGCUUGAAGCCUGCCAUCGAAAGCCUCCCCGCGGACUCCUGGAAGUGCAAAAGCUGCCGCGUUUGUUCUGACUGUGGCUUCCGCCCAUCCGCACUGGAUCCCAGCAGCCAGUGGUACGAGAACUACUCUCUGUGCGAAGGAUGUCAAGAGCGGCGUUGCAAGAACGCGAAAAGCACUGAAACCGUACAGCACAGCCAGGAGCACGUUCCCCCAGCAAGCUGCAUCCCCACUACAGACAAGCCGGCAUCCCCCAAACAGCCGCUGGAGGAAGCGUCAGUGGCCAACGAAGGGCUCCCAGAAAGCCACGGCAGCCCUGUCAGUUUGCACCAAGAAGAGCCGGUGCCCUUGGCAUGUGGCGAGAAGCCCACUGAUGGAGAUCAGCCUCUAGAGCUGGCCAGUGUGGAUGCAGAGGCCCCUGCAGGGCAGGAGCAAAUGGAAGUGGAGACACGGUUAGAGCCCGAAAAGGCCCCUUCUCCACCACCCCCUCCCCCAGUACCACCAGAUCCGGUGUCGCCUGCCCACCCUGAGGAGCCGUCGCUCGGUGCCAAAGAGCAUCCCGCCGUUGAGUUGCUGCCCGUAGAGAGAGAACUCCCGGAGAGCCAUGGCGAGUCCGCCCCCUCUACCCGCUCCUCUCCCGCGGGCCCUCUGCUUGGCUCUCUCAAAGUUGGUUCCCCUGAAGCUGCUGAGGAAGGAGAGCCCAGCGAGGAGCCCAUGGACACAGGGACGGAGGCACCUGUCCUCGACAGCCCUGUCAGCAACAGAGUCCAGCCCAGUCAGGAGGAGGAAGAGGAGGAGGAGGAGGAGGAGGAAGAAGAGGAGGCCGCACCGCGCAAGAUGGAGCUUGAGGAGAGAUUCUCCCCACAGCUGAGUGAGGAGGAGGCCCCAGACGAACAGCAGGCCCCUGUCGGGCCAGAGCCCCAUGAGUCUCGCCUCAGCUUUGCCAGUGAACCCAAGCGCUCUCCCUCGCCUGUGGAGGGGGAAUUGCUGGGCAGCACAUCCACCCCCAUGGAGGCCUAUGGGGCUGCCAACCCGCUAGAGGGAGGGCCAGGCGGAGAUGAGGAAGCAGGCCCGGCCCCGGCCCCCUUGAGGCCCCACCACUUGCUUAAGUCGGAUAUUGUGAACGAGAUCUCGAACCUGAGCCAGGGUGAUGCCAGUGCCAGCAGCUUCCCAGGCUCUGAGCUCCCUUUCGCCUCCCCGUACCACGAAGGCGGGGGCUCACUUUCCUUGGAGAUGGGUGGCCUGACUUCCACAGAUGUCAGCCUACAGAGGGAAGAUGGCGCCUCCUUGCCCAUGGGUGACAUGGACGACUCCUUACCGUUUGAUGUGAAAGGCGAGUGCGAGAAGGGACGGCGGCGCAGCUCCCCGGCCCGCUCCCGUGUCAAGCAGGGUCGCAGCAGCAGUUUUCCUGGGAGGAGACGGCCUCGGGGAGGGUCCCACACAGGCCGAGGGCGGGGCCGGUCGCGGUUGAAAUCCACCACUUCUUCCAUCGAGACAUUGGCGCUCGCCGAUAUCGACAGCUCCCCAAGCAAGGAGGAUGACGACGACGACGACGACACGAUGCAAAACACCGUGGUGCUCUUCUCCAACACAGACAAAUUUGUGUUGAUGCAGGACAUGUGUGUAGUGUGUGGUAGCUUUGGCCGUGGUGCUGAGGGCCAUCUCCUGGCAUGUUCCCAGUGUUCUCAGUGUUACCAUCCUUACUGUGUCAACAGCAAGAUUACCAAGGUGAUGCUGCUCAAGGGCUGGCGCUGUGUGGAAUGCAUCGUGUGCGAGGUCUGUGGCAAAGCGUCUGACCCCUCCCGCCUCUUGCUCUGUGACGACUGUGACAUCAGUUACCACACGUAUUGCCUGGACCCGCCUCUCAACACGGUGCCCAAGGGCGGCUGGAAGUGUAAAUGGUGUGUGUGCUGCGUGCAGUGUGGAGCGGUUUCCCCCGGCUUCCACUGUGAAUGGCAGAACAAUUACACCCACUGUGCUCCCUGCGCCAGUCUUGUCACCUGCCCCAUCUGCCAGGUGAAGUAUGUGGAGGAUGACCUAUUAAUCCAGUGUCAGCACUGUGAGCGGUGGAUGCAUGCUGUGUGUGACAACCUUUUCACUGAGGAAGAAGUAGAGCAGGCAGCAGACGAGGGAUUUGACUGUACCUCGUGUCAGCCCUAUGUAGUCAAGCCUGUUGUUCCAGUUCCCCCUCCGGAAAUUAUCCCGGUGAAGAUCAAGGAGCCAGAGCCCCAGUAUUUUCGCUUUGAAGGUGUCUGGCUCACAGAGGCUGGCAUGGCAGUGCUGCGUAACUUGUCCCUCUCGCCACUCCACAAGCGCCGGCCACGCAAGGCAACGCCGACGACGCCCACCACGCCACGGCCGGGCACCCUCAAUGGCGAAGGUGGGCUGGACGGGGUGGAUCCUCUAGGUGCGGAUGAAAAAAAGGAAGGCGAUGUGGAGACGGAUGAGAUCCUGAAAGCUGAAGUUAGCAUCGAACACAUGGAGUGCGAGAUCAAAUUGGAAGCUCCUGCUACCCCUGAGAGGGAAGCUGCAGCCGAUGCUGAUUUGGGGAAGGGUCUGUUGGAAGACUCUGAGGAGGUCAAGAAGCGGAAGCGGAAGCCAUAUCGCCCGGGGAUUGGAGGGUUCAUGGUGCGGCAGCGGAAGUCCCACACGCGCUUGAAAAAGGGUUCAGCGGCUAUGGCAGAAGCGUCGCGCGAGGGGGUGGGUGCUGAAGGGCACCCGGAAGAGGGGGCGCAACCCAACCCGCCCACGGAAACCCCUGCUGAAGCCAUCGCUGAGCAGGGAACGGUUGAGGGGGACGAGAAGAAGAAGCGGCGGGGCAGGAAGAAGAGCAAGCUGGAGGACAUGUUCCCUACUUACCUUCAGGAAGCCUUUUUUGGAAAAGCUCUGCUAGACCUGAGCCGAAAGGCCCUGCUGGCAGCUGGUGGUGCGGGUGGGGAUGGAACUGCCCACCCUCCGGUCGGCCAGGGGGCCCCCAGGCCCAAGGUGGAUUCCAGCAUGCUCCAGAAAGGGCCUGUGGAUGGGAAAGAGGCUUCGGUUCAGCCCAAAGGGGAUGAAUGCGUUGACGGCAGGGAAGCAGCCGCUCCGGAACAGAACUUGAAAACAGCUGAAGCCAAGACUGAGAAUAUCGGCACAGAGGAACAGAUGGUGCCCAAGACCUCUGCAGAUCCUACAGGUGCCGAGAACCCAGCCACACCCCCGGGGGAGGGGGUGCUCAGCUCCGACCUUGACAAAAUCCCCACUGAAGAGCUACCCAAGAUGGAGAGCAAGGACGUUCAGCAGCUCUUUAAAGACGUCCUGGGGUCUGCUGAGCGAGAGCAGCAGCUCAAUUGCGUUGGGGCGGAAGCUGAGGCUGGAGGGAUUCGUGACCCCAACCGCACACAGCUUGCCCAAAGGCCUUUCUUGCAAGGUGGUGGUGUCUCCCUUGGGCCCCUGCAGCCUGCUGUGCCCAUGGAGACCUACUCUGGAGUUUGCCAGUCCCCAUUUCUGGAUAGCAGGGAGAGGAGUGGCUUCUUCAGCCCUGAGCAGUGUGAGCCAGAGAGUCCGUGGGCCAGCAGCUCUGCGGCUUCCACACCCACCACGCCCACCACGGAGGGGGAGAGUGACGGGCUCUCGUACAACCAGCGGAGCCUGCAGCGCUGGGAGAAGGACGAGGAGCUGGGCGAAUUGUCCACCAUCUCGCCUGUGCUCUAUGCCAACAUGAACUUCCCCAGCCUCAAGCAGGACUACCCAGAGUGGUCUAGCCGUUGCAAGCAGAUCAUGAAGCUCUGGAGAAAGGUGCCAGCCCCAGACAAAGCCCCUUACUUGCAAAAGGCCAAAGAUAACCGGGCAGCCCACCGCAUCAACAAGGUACAGAAGCAAGCCGAGAGCCAGAUCAACAAGCAGACCAAAGUUGAGGGGCUGCGGAGACCAGACCGCCCCACCCUGCACCUCCGCAUCCCACCCCAGCAGGGGGUGCUGCCCAGCGCCACCCAGCAACCGCCUCCUCCCGCUGCCGCCUCGGCGCCGGGGCCACCUAUGUACGUCAACAAUGCUGCAGCUCUGUCAAGCGGGUUGGGCGUUGAGUCGCCCAGUGAUCUCUUCCUCAAGCUUCCCUCCUCUGCCCCCAGCGCCCAGCCCCCAGCGCAAGUGCCUUUGCACGAGCCCUACGGCAUGGCCUCUGCCUGCCCCCCACCAGAUCCAGGUUUCCCCUCUCCCUCUCUGGUGGGCCAGAGUCCUACAGUGCCUGCCGGCUUUGCCUCCGCAUCUUCUUCCACCUCCUCCUCCUCCUCCUCGUCCUCCUCCUCAGGGCAGUCCCCGCUCCUGCCCCACCCUCGUCCGGCCCUCCAGCCCGGGGAGUUCCAGCCUACCCCUCCUGGGACCCCGAGGCACCAGCCCUCCACGCCAGACCCUUUCCUCAAGCCCCGCUGCCCCAGUGGGUCCUUGGAGAACUUGUCCGUGCCUGGGAGCCCCCAGCGAGCGGCCCUGCUGCUUUCGCCCCCGCCCUUUGGGGAACCGAAGAAAGCCCUGGAGAUUAAGAAGGAAGACCCGGGGCCGGGCAUCUGCUCUCCUAGCUACGGCUCCAGCUACAGCGACUCUCCCUCCGGUGCUCACCACCCUGCCGAAAUGAAGGCCCCGGACGUUUUUAAAGCCCCCCUCACCCCCCGCCAGUCUCAGGUGGAGCCCCAGAGCCCGGGCUUGGGGCAUCGGCCCCCCGACUCUCACUCCCUGGCUGCUUCUCCUCCCAGCCAGGCCGAUCUCUACAGGCACUCGCCAUACCAGGACCCCUAUGCUCAGCCUCCACUGACGCCCAGGCCUCAGCCCCCGCCCUCGGAAAGCUGCUGUGCCCUGCCCCCGCGCUCACUGCCCUCCGACCCCUUCUCACGCAUCCCCGCCAGCCCUCAGUCCCAGUCCAGCUCCCAGUCGCCCCUCACUCCCCGGCCACUCUCCAACGAAGCCUUCUGCCAGUCCCCAGUCACCCCUCGGUUUCAGUCCCCUGACCCGUACUCUCGACCCCCUUCACGCCCGCAAUCCCGGGACCCUUUUGCCCCCUUGCACAAGCCCCCUCGGCCCCAGAUCCCGGAGGCUGGUGGCUUCAAGCCAAUCCCGGUCUCCCAUAACACCCUUGCUGUGGGGGGUUUCCCCGCAGGGCCUCCCCCAGCCGAGUCCCCCCACCCCAAGGCCAGCCAACAGGCUCAGUUUGCCCGCUCCCCGGGUGCCAGUGUCUUCCCAAACGCUCAGCCCCAGAUGCGCUUCACCUUCCCUCCCAGUGAGCCAAUCAAGAGCUCCCCUUCCCACGGGGCCAACAGCCAUUUUGCUCCUGGCAAGCCCCAAAGCACAAGCUACGUUUCCUCGCCGGGAUUCCACCAAGCCGGCAGCCCCCUGGGGCCGGGCAAGAACACCACAGACUCCUACAACGUCUCUCCGCUGCGUCCUCCGUCGGUUCUGCCCCAGCCGCCGCCGCCACCUCAGCAAGAUGGCGCCUUAUCCUACCUGCCGGCGCGAACGGGCAUGGGGCCGCCGGGCGACAAGAGGGAAGAGGGGGCGGUAGGAGGACCCCCGAAUAGGGAGCUGCAAGAGCUGCCGUCCGGCCAGGAGGGGGCAAUCGGCAGCAACGCCACCCAGACUGAGAUGGAGAAACAGCGGCAGCGCCAAAGGCUCCGUGAGUUGCUCAUCCGCCAGCAGAUCCAGAGGAACAACUUGAGACAAGAAAAAGAGAGCGCGGCAGCUGCAGCCACCAACGCCCAGGCGCCGUGGAACCCCGAGGGCAGUGGGCAAGCCUUUGAGCAGAUGAAUCGGAGCAUGACUCCUUACCCAUCAGCGCAGGAGAAAGGGAUGCUUGGCAGCCUGGGGGGCACCCCGGGGGGCAACAAGAUGCCCGGUGCCGUCAUGGUGCAGGCGCCCUACGUGCAGGACGAGCGCCUUGUCCGGCCGUCUCCAGCAGCCACCCCUUCGACCAUGGAUAUCAAUGGCAGGCCAUCAGUGGCAGCUGCACAGCCAUUUUUCCCCCGUGGUGUCUUCCAAGCCCCAUCUCCGCAGCAGCAGAUGUGGCAGCAGCAGCAGCAGCAGCAAGCCGUAUCCAUGCGUCUCCCCAUCCCUUCACGCUUCCCCCAGCCCCCCGCCCAAGACCUGAGCCGUCAAGCCUUGGGAGGCCUUGCCUCACGCCUGCCAGGGCCUGGAGACCAGCUUCAGGCACCAGCUGGCACACUGGGAGCUCAGUUCAUUGAGCUCCGGCACAACAUCCAGAAGGGGGUGCUUGGGAGCGGAGCCGGGCCUGCCUUUGUCCAACAAAGCCCACAGGCUCGGCCCAGAUUCUUCUUGCCUGGAAAUGACGGCACCAACCAGGCUUUGAAAGCUUCUGUCAUGCCCAUGCAGGCUCCUGUCCUGGGAGGCCAAGGCAUGCAAACACAAAAGAUCCCUAUUUCACCCUCCCCCCAAGGGGCAGAGAUGAGCAACAACCACCAUCCUCACGCCAAGGCCGUGCCUCAGUUGAUUCUGCCCUCUGGCAACCUGGAGAUGCAACAUAUCCCACCCCGGCCGCUCACUUCAUCCGGCCCCAAAGAUGUACCCAUCACCCCAGCUGCUGUUGAUGCUACCCCAACUGCUGGCAAGAACCAGCUAGGUCUGGCCAGCAGGCCGUUGCCCUGUGAGGUGCCAGUGGAGCCAGAUUUAGAUGAUGACUUUGAUUCCCACAAGGAUCUGGAGGAUGACGAUGACUUGGCCAACUUGAGUCUUGAUCCGGAUGUUGCCAAAGGUGAUGACGACCUAGGCAACCUGGAUAACCUGGAAACCAAUGACCCACACCUUGACGACCUGCUGAAUGGUGAUGAGUUUGACUUGCUGGCCUACACAGACCCAGAACUGGACACUGGGGACAAGAAAGACAUCUUCAACGAGCAUCUGCGCUUGGUGGAAUCUGCCAAUGAGAAGGCUGAACGGGAGGAUCUGCUCAAGAAAGAGCCCUCCGUCGGACCCUACUUCAAGGAUGGUCCUUCCGCUGGUGUUGGCAAGCCAGGUGAGCAGAAGGCACCGUUGCUACCCAGAGAUGAUGCGCCCAAAGCUAAAGAGGGACUCGGUCUCCUCCAUGUUCCUGGCUCCUCCUCUGCAGGGGUGCCCCCAUCCCCCAUCCUUACAACCUUCAAGACCCACGGCGACAUGCUGGAUAGCAAGGUGGUGAGCCUGCCCGGUGAUAUCAAGCCCAAGAUAGAGGAAGGGUGCCUCAAGUCCUCACCGUGCCAAUUUAACACCGGCGUCCCGGAGAAGCUUCCUGUCAAAUCGGAAGGAGCCGAGAAACUGGUUGCCACCUUAGCCGUGAACAUCAAGCCCGGCCAGAACCUCAUGGGCCCUGGUGGAGUGCGGCUUGGCAUGGCCCAGUUCCACAGCAACAGCCACCCUUCCAUGUCAGAGAAGGUCCUCUACGGGCCCCCGAGCCGCCCACCCCUUACUCCCGUCCAGAUGGCCAACGCCAACAGCUCCCUGCUGGAGAAGUUUGAGUUAGACGGGGGGCCCUUGAGCCUUGCUAAUACUCAGCAGCACUCGCCAGCGGAUGACCUGGACAAGAUGGAAAGCUCCCUGGUGGCCAGCGAGCUGCCUCUCCUGAUCGAAGACCUCCUGGAACAUGAGAAGAAGGAGCUGCAGAAGAAGCAGCAGAUGUCUGCCCAAAUGCCAGGAGGCUCCCAACACCUCCAGCCCCACACCAUGUUGGCUCACGCUGCUCCCCCUUCCCAGCCUCAUGACGGGCAGAUAGUCAGCCCCCAGCGACAGCUUCAGUUGGGCCUAGUGGCCAGGCAACAGGGCAUGGUGGCCAAUCAGCAACUGAUGCAGCAGCAGCAGCAGCAGCAGCGUCUGGCCGGUCCCCAGCAAAGCCAAGUGCUAGCUCCACAUUUGGGAGUGACUCAGAACCAGGCUCAUCUGCUAGCCACCCAGCAUGGCAUCCAGGCAGCCCAUGGCCAACAGAACCAGCAGCAGGUCUUAACCCAGACACCCAUGCCUGGAGUGCAGCAGCAGCAGCAGCAGCAGCAGCAAAUGAUGGGACUGAAGCCCCAACAAGUUGUUAUGCAGCCGCAGCAGCAGCAGCAGCAGCUGGCGAACAGCUUCUUCCCUGAUACAGAUCUGGAUAAAUUUGCUACUGAGGACAUCAUGGAUCCCAUUGCCAAGGCCAAGAUGGUGGCUCUGAAGGGUAUCAAGAAGGUGAUGGCGCAGGGCAGCAUUGGGGUGGCUCCUGGCAUGAAUAGGCAACAGGUUUCCUUGCUGGCUCAGAGGCUGUCCGGAGCUUCAUCGUCAUCUGAAAUGCAAAACCACGUCCUGCCUGGCUCUGGAGGACAGGAACGGAGCAAUGACCCAGCCCAGGCUCGACCAAACCCACCCACUUUUGCUCAAGGUGUCAUCAAUGAAGCUGACCAGCGUCAGUAUGAAGAGUGGCUUUUCCACACACAGCAGCUCCUCCAGAUGCAGCUGAAGGUGCUGGAGGAGCAAAUCGGGGUGCACCGCAAGUCCCGCAAGGCCCUGUGUGCCAAGCAGCGGACGGCGAAAAAGGCCGGCCGCGAGUUCCCCGAGGCUGAUGCUGAGAAACUCAAGCUGGUGACUGAGCAGCAAAGCAAGAUCCAGAAGCAGCUGGAUCAGGUUCGGAAACAACAGAAGGAGCACACCAACCUCAUGGCCGAGUACCGCAACAAACAACAGCAGCACCAGCAACAAAGCUCCACGGUCCUGGCCCUCAGCCCCUCGCAAAGCCCCCGUCUCAUGGCCAAGCUCCCUGGCCAGCUGCUUUCUGCACAUGGGCUCCAGCAGGGGCCUCAGGGCCUGGCAGGCCAGGCAGGUGGCUUGCGCCUCCCUCAGGCUGCUCCCAUGGCAGUCCAGCAGGGCUUGCCGUUCAUGGGGCCGCCGCCGCCGCAGCAGCAGCAGCAACAGCAGCAGCCGCCACAGACAACCGGGACUGCGGCCUCCAACAACUUCUUCUCCAGCAACCGUCUCUUGCAGGAACGGCAGCUGCAGCAGCAAAGGCUGCAGCUGGCCCAGAAGCUGCAGCAGCAAAGCCUCAUGGGACAAGUGUCGAUACAGCAGCAGCAAAGCCUCAUGGGACAAAUGACGAUGCAGCAGCAGCAGCAGCAGCAGAGCCUCAUGGGGCAGGUGUCAGUGGUGCAGCAGCAUCAACAGCAAAGCCUCAUGGGACAGGGGCCUGUGCAGCCGCCCCAAAGCAGUCUCGGCCAGACUGGCUUGAUGGGGCAGCCCCCGCCUCCGCCGCCCACGCCCCAGCCCAGCCAGAACCUGCUUCCCAAGCAGCAAGGGCUGCUCAACAGCCAGCCGGGAGUCAUGGUCCAGCAGCUUUCGCCACAGCAGCAGCAAGCGGCCAUGCUGGGACACUCCAUGCUGCAGCAGCAGCAGCAGCAGCAGCACCAGGGCGUGAUGGCUCACCCGGCUUCCCAGAGGCAAAUGCUGUUGGCUCCGCAGCAGCACAGGGCACUGGGUUCUCCGCAGCAGCAGGCUCAAGGGAUGAUGGGGCAUCGGCUACUUCUGUCCCCACAGCAGCAGCAGCAGCAGCAGCAAGCGGGGCUACUGAGCCAGCAGAGGACUUUGCUGAGUCAGCAGCAGCAGCAGCAGCAGCAGAACAACCUAGCACAGCACCAGGCGCUGCUGGGCCAGGGGCCGGCCACCCAGCCAGGAAUGUUGGGGCCGCCUGCCCAGCCGGGUGUCCUGAGCCAGGGGCAGGGGAUAGCCACAGAACCGAUCCAGCACUUUGUGCAGCACGGGUCUCUGAACCAGCCGCUGCACUCGAGUCAGGGAAUGCAGCCGGUCCCCUCGCAGCAGCAGCAGCAGCAGCAGCAGCAGGGCCUGGCUGUCAAGGAACAGCAAGGAGGUCCGGAAGGUACCACCGGGCUGCCUCAAGAGGGGACAGAUGGGAUGGCGCUGCAGCAGCAGCAGCAACAGCUUCGGCCCCAUUUGGUGGGCCAGGAGUUGGGAGGGCAGCUGCAGAUGGGUAGCCAGGAGCAGCAGGGGAUGCCCGGCCAUGGAACUCCAAUGCAGGAACAGCCCACUCAGUUGAUGCUCCAGCAGCACGGGGAGCAGCCAAAACAGCCAGCUGACCUGGGCCAGGCACAGCACCUUCUCCUGGGCUCUCAGCAGCAGCAGCAGCAGCAGGGCGCCUUGGGCUCCCUGCAGCUCCGGAUGCAGCAGCAGCAGCAGCAGCAGAACAGCCACCUCCAGCAGCAGCAGCAGCAGAACAGCCACCUCCAGCAGCAGCAGCAGCAGAACAGCCACCUCCAGCAGCAGCAGCAGAACAGCCACCUCCAGCAGCAGCAGCAGCAGAACAGCCACCUCCAGCAGCAGCAGCAGAACAGCCACCUCCAGCAGCAGCAGCAGCAGCAGCAGCAGCAGAACAGCCACCUCCAGCAGCAGCAGCAACAACAACAGCAGAACAGCCAUCUUCAGCAGCAACAGCAAAACACUCACCUCCAGCAGCAGCAGAACAACCACCUCCAGCAGCCGCUGCGGACUCACCUGCCUUUGGAUGGUCUCUUGCAGCAAGAGGUGUCUCAGCAGCAGCAUCACCAACACCACCGAGAUCCAACUCAGGCCCCCCACUUGCUAAACCUGCAGAUGGAGCAGCAUGGUCAAGUGCAGAACAUCAUGGCUCAACAACAAAGGAUUGUGGGCCAGAACUUGGAGCAGCCCUCAAAAGGCUUACCAGGCCAGCUCCCUCUGCAGCAGCAGCAGCAGCAGCAGCAGCAACGCCUGCAGAGCCCAGCUGGGCCUUCCAAAACACCAGGGCUGAUGGUGCCUCUGCAACAGCAGCAGCAGCAAAGCAUGAUGGUCCAGCAGUCAUCGCCACAAGGCCAAAGCAUCCUGUCUGGUCCUGUGAUGGGCCAGAUCCGUGCCCAGCUUCAGGGGGUCAUCUCCAAAAACCCGCAGCUGCGGAACCUCACUCCUCAGCAGCAGCAGCAAUUGCAGGCCCUGCUGAUGCAGCGGCACCAGCAGAACCUGCUGCAGCAGAGCCAAGUGUUGCGGCAAGCCGGCCCCUACCCAGGGCAGGCACCGGCACCGCUUGACCAAGGCCAGCCCACGGGUCCACAGCUUUCCCAGCCUGUGGCCGGGGGACAGCAGCCACUCAGGCAGCCUCCUCUUGCCGUGUUCCAAAUUCGCCCAGAGCAGGGUUUUGCUGCCUCCGUGGAGCAGCAGAGGGUGCCAGUCAGCCAGCAAGCAAUCCCCAGCCCCCACCCACAGGGGGUGCUAAGGCUCCCUACCCCUCAGGCUCCCUCUGUGCCCUUCAGCGUUGCUGGCAUGGCACCUACGCUGCCGCAGCAGCACCCCAUCCCUUCAGAGCCAAAGAGACCGUCCCCUUUGCUCCUAGCUACGAGCCCUGAGCAGCAGCCAACUCCCACCCAGAAGCACCAUCCUGCUACCCCCAGCCCUCUGCUGCCCCCUGACCCACCUUCCGCCAUCCCAAGCACAGGGGAAACGGUUCCUGGGACCUGCAGCCUCAGAGACUCCGAGUGCCCCAGAGGCCCCAUGGAGCCGGUCAAUGGGCAGGUGCCGGAAUCCCCCCCAGCAGGGAGAAGAGUCCUGGCGCCACCGGGAGACCCUCCCCUUGUAUGUAUCAAGCAGGAGCCCAAGGAAGAAGCAGCCCAGUGCGCGCUGAUGAGCAGCGCCCAGCCCGUCAAGCGAGAGGCGAACGGGGAGCCCGUGUCCACCAAUAACAGCCUCACCCGCACCGAAGCCGGGCACCUCUUGCUGCAGAAGCUGCUGCGGGCGAAGAACGUGACACUUGCCACGCAGCGCUCGGGCGGCGUCAACGGGCACGUGGACGGCAAGCUGGCUGGGGUGGAGGGCCGGUUGCAGGUGGCACCCGACGUGCGAGAGGAUACGCCAGCAGCAAAGAAACCCCCACCGCCAAAGCCCAAGCGAUCUCAAAAAGCUGGGGAGCGACUUGCCAACUCCCGCAAGAAGCUGCGUAAGGAGGAUGGAGUGAAGACCAACGAGGCCCUAAUGAAGCAACUGAAGCAGGAACUCUCUUUGCUGCCUCUGAUGGAACCUGUUAUCACAGCCAAUUUCAACCUUUUCCCGCCCUUUGGGAGCAGCCCAAUCAAUGGCAAGAGCCAGCUUAAGGGUUCUUUUGGUAAUGCUGCCCUUGACAGCAUUCCAGACUACUACUCCCAGCUUCUCACCAAGAACAACUUGAGCAACCCACCAACGCCACCCUCUUCACUGCCCCCUACACCGCCACCCUCGGUACAGCAAAAGCUGGUGAAUGGAGUUCUGUCUUCAGAGGAACUGACUGAGCAGCCCAAAGAACCAGUACUGCCCCAUGAGCCUGAAGGGCAAAAGGAUGUUCCUCCUGUGGAAGUGAAAAGCUUAGAUCUCCUUGCAGCUUUGCCUACGCCACCACACAACCAGACAGAGGAUGUCCGAAUGGAGAGUGACGAGGAAAGCGACUCCCCCGAUAGCAUCGUCCCGGCAUCGUCCCCCGAGAGCGUCUUGGGUGAAGAGAUGCCGCGCUUUCCCCUGCUUGCUGGAGUCAAGCCUGAGGUGGAGGAACGCCCACUGUCCCCUGUCAUACCUAUAAUCCCAAAGGCCAGCAUCCCAGCUUUCCCAGAUGUGAGGCCCUAUGGGGCCCUUGAGCAAGGGGGCAAGGGGGCAACCGGCACUUCCUGGGACAAAGCCAAAGGCAGCGAGGUCUCCGUCAUGCUCACGGUGUCUGCAGCUGCUGCCAAGAACCUGAAUGGUGUCAUGGUGGCUGUGGCGGAGCUGUUGAGCAUGAAGAUCCCCAGUUCCUAUGAGGUGCUGUUUCCGGAUAGCCCCAUGCGCAGCGCUGCCCCUGAACCCAGGAAAGGUGAAGCUAACACACAGGGCAAAGAGAAGCCGGUGGCUCCAAAGGGCCCUGAAGGCGGUCCAGAGUGGCUGAAGCAGUUUGAUGCCAUGUUGCCUGGCUACAGUCUCAAGAAUGAGCUGGACAUCCUGACAUUGCUCAAACAGGAGAGCCCAGCCCCAGAGAAGACCGCUCAACACUGCUACAUCAACAAUGUCGCCAACCUGGACGUCCGGCAGCUCUUGACGCUCCCCGAAGAACCCUCUCCGCCCCUCUCCCCGUUUGCGCCCUCCCCGCCGAGCCCCCCCAGGGCUCCGGAGCCAGCCCCGGAGCCUGAAGCGCCCCCGCUGCCUGCUCCCUCUCCUUCCCCGCCCUCCCCCAAGGACGAAGCUCCUCAGUCCCCACCCAAAGCCAAGCCUCGCUCCCGGCCCCUGGAGGACGGCGAGGAGAGCAAGCCGCGGCUGAAGAAGUGGAAAGGGGUGCGCUGGAAGCGGCUGCGCUUCCUCAUCACCAUCCAGAGAGGGGGAGGCGCCAAGCGCGACGGGGACCGGGAGAUUGCCGACUUCGUGGAGCGCCUGGCCGCCACCCUCCGGCCCGAGAAAGUGCCGCGGGACUUGCGGAAGUGCUGCUUCUGCCACGAGGAAGGCGACGGGGCCACGGAUGGCCCGGCUCGGCUCCUGAACCUGGACCUGGACCUCUGGGUGCAUCUCAACUGCGCCCUGUGGUCCACGGAGGUUUACGAGACCCAGGGCGGGGCCCUCAUCAACGUGGAGGUGGCGCUGCACCGGGGCCUGCUCACCAAGUGCUCGCUUUGCCAGAAGACGGGGGCCACGAACAGCUGCAACCGCAUCCGCUGCCCCAGCGUCUACCACUUCGCCUGCGCCAUCCGGGCCAAGUGCAUGUUCUUCAAGGACAAGACGAUGCUGUGUCCGCUGCACAAGCUCAAGGGCCCCUGCGACCAGGAGCUCAGCACCUUCACUGUCUUCCGGCGGGUCUACAUCGAGCGCGACGAGGUCAAGCAGAUCGCCAGCAUCAUCCAGCGCGGGGAGCGCCUCCACAUGUUCCGGGUGGGGGGCCUGGUCUUCCACGCCAUUGGGCAGCUCCUGCCCCACCAGAUGGCGGACUUCCACAGCGCCACGGCCCUCUACCCGGUGGGUUAUGAGGCCACCCGCAUCUACUGGAGCCUGCGGACCAACAACCGGCGCUGCUGCUACCGCUGCACCAUCUGCGAGAACAACGGCCGCCCGGAGUUCGUGGUGCAAGUGAUGGAACCGGGCUUGGAGGAUUUGGUCUUCACAGACUCCUCGCCACAGGCUGUGUGGAACCGCAUCAUCGAACCAGUGGCCAUGAUGCGCAGAGAAGCUGACAUGCUGCGACUUUUCCCUGAGUAUCUGAAGGGAGAAGAGCUCUUCGGCUUGACGGUGCAUGCUGUGCUGCGCAUCGCCGAGUCCCUGCCUGGUGUAGAGAGCUGCCAGAACUACCUGUUCCGCUACGGGCGCCAUCCACUCAUGGAGCUGCCACUCAUGAUCAAUCCCACUGGUUGCGCCCGGUCAGAGCCCAAAAUCCUCACACACUACAAACGGCCCCACACUCUGAAUAGCACCAGCAUGUCCAAAGCUUACCAGAGCACGUUCACGGGUGAAACCAACACGCCAUAUAGCAAGCAGUUUGUGCACUCAAAGUCCUCACAGUACCGCCGCCUCAAGACAGAAUGGAAGAACAACGUGUACCUGGCACGCUCCCGCAUCCAGGGCCUCGGGCUCUAUGCGGCCAAGGACAUAGAGAAGCACACCAUGGUCAUCGAAUACAUCGGCACCAUCAUACGCAAUGAGGUGGCUAACCGGCGCGAGAAGAUCUACGAGGAGCAGAACCGAGGGAUCUACAUGUUCCGUAUCAACAAUGAGCAUGUCAUUGAUGCCACGCUGACUGGCGGCCCUGCCAGGUACAUCAAUCACUCCUGCGCUCCCAAUUGCGUGGCUGAGGUUGUGACUUUUGACAAGGAGGACAAGAUAAUCAUCAUCUCGAGUCGCCGAAUACCCAAGGGAGAGGAGCUGACGUAUGACUACCAGUUUGAUUUUGAAGAUGAUCAGCACAAGAUCCCGUGCCAUUGUGGAGCCUGGAACUGCAGGAAAUGGAUGAACUAGCCCAAACAGGCUCGUCAGACGAGGCAGGGGGAUGCCCUGACUGCCCAGCACAAGGGGCGCAGGAGGCUCUGCGGAGAGAGGCCUGUCCUACCAGCUCUCCCGACCCUCCAGCGCAGCAGGAAAUCACCCAGGGAAAGCAUGAUUGGAAUCCACCACCCCAACAUGCUUGUGGGGCAGCUGGGACCCAAAGUGAGAGGGGUGACGUCAGCAUAUCUGCCACUGCGCGCCAAUCUUGGUUAAGGUAUUCUAUCAAGCUGGCGGUUUUGGCUGUCAGAUCCAGCUGCCUCCUCCUUCCAGGCAAAGCAACCUGCUUCUCCCCAGCAGAAGGCAACAGCCACUAGCAACCCCAUCUGGGGUGGGGAACUGAUAAACUGGCAACUCAGGGUUUUCUUUUUAGUAUUUUUCUUUUGAGGCUGAAACGGGGACCCCUUCCGCCCCUGUGCACCUGUAAAUAAUGGACUUCAGAAAUAUACUGGGAGGAGAUCGGGGCAUUCUGUCUAGCAGAGCUGGGGGAAGGGGACUGCAGCAUGGCUAUCGGAUCCCCGGAGAAGAAUUUGUAACUCUUUUUUUCCCUCUGUGUGUGUAUGCGUGUUUAGGACAUUUUUUUGUGUGCGCGUGAGUUUUUUAAAAAAACAAAGAAAAACCUAAUAUCUAUUGCUUGCUAAUCUACCAAGGUAACAAGAGGCUUCAAAGAAACUCAUUAGCUUGACAAUCCACCUUCUAGAGCCCCCCUGGCUCUGGAUUUUGUAUACAUUUAGGUGUCGGAUUUGAAAAGGGGGGAGUGUGAGUGUGUGUGUGCAUAUGUGCUUCUUUUGGAAAAAAAAAAAGUACUUCUUUCAGCGGAGCGCAGGCACUGACUUGCAGAAGCUGGAAAUAGAUCUUCCCUUCCUCUGCCUCCCCACCUCCCCAUCUUCCAUGCGCGAGGAGCAUCCGCACUUGAACCUACCUCAUUUGAAGUGUUAGACUUUGCUGUUUUGUUUUUCUCUAAUAUUGAGCCCCUCGCUGUGCCACCCUCCUGCUUUUUGAGCCCUCUUUCCUGAACGUGGAGAGCCACAGCUGCCCUGGCACACAUGGGAACAGUAUCCCGGUGGAGGUGGGAAGUGUCUUCUCCUGGGAUUGUCCUCCGCCGCCCCCACUCCAUUUCUCCUCUCUCCCCUCCGCCACCAAAAGUGAGAUGGUCUCCUAGAACCCUUUAAGGCUGAAUUGCUGAAAUGAACGCCGUAGUUUCCCAUCCAGCGACAAGAGGGGCAGAUCACACUGCGAGGUAUGGUAUGGUGGUUUGAAUGUGCCAAUGCGUCGGGGAACGAAGAGAUCAAGGUCACCUGAUGCCAACCCCAGCACCUCCCUCUGGCAGAGCUUCUCCAACGGAGCCCAAAGCAUUUUUGCCCAUCUGCUAAGCAAGGCGCAUGGGCUUGAUUACCAGGCCGAUGGAGAGCAGCUAGCUCUGAUAUUACGGGGUGGAAGGGGGGAGAGUUGUCUCUUGGCUAAACCCGUCUCCCUACAGUCCCAGUUCCCACUCCAGUUUCCCAUGAUCAACUUGCUGCUCUGAAGGCUCGUGUGUGUGUGUAAGAGUGAGUGUGUGUGUGAGCUAGAUGUUGGCACAUUGCAGAGUUUGGGUUUAUUUAUCUAUUUAUAUAUAUUGUGUAUAUAUUUGAACUAGCAUGGGGAGGAAUGCCCUGGCUGCAGCGUUUUUCCGGACUGCUGGGGAGCUCUCUGCAGAACCCCUCCUCUCCCCCGCCCCAACCCUGGGUGGGAAGGCGACGAGAGGGAAGACUUGUUUAUUGACAGAACUUUGGGUGGGAAGGGGGAGUGUGUAAAGAACCCGUUUUUAUGCUUUCUCUGUGUGUAUAUAGAUACUAUAUUUCCCCCCCCUCUUUUUUUUUUUUUUUUAAGAAAACAGAAUCAGUUUAUAACCAGUAUCUUAAGAGCCAUCUGCCCAGCAGGAUCUUCCCCCCACGUAGGGAGAUUAUGUAUUAAUGGAAGGCAAAAUGUGGGCAUUAUACAGGGGACUGGGACAGACGGACGGACACGGUCUCCCUGCUAUUGAAUGAAACUUUGGAGGAUUGCUGGUACCCCUUGAACCUAAGUUGGUAUGGGGGAGGGGCAAAAGUGGCAGAGUCUUUACUAAUAAGACUCUCUUGACUAACUUUGUACAGUUGAGAACUUUUAACGCACAAUUGCACCAUUUCCCUCUUCCCCCUUUAAAACACAUACACACAAAUAUAUAUACACGUCCCCCAACAUGCCUGUCAGAGUGGCAUUAAGAGAUUUAGCAGGCCACAGCUCAUACUCUGACCCGAUUGACACCAUGCAGAGAGAACGUGGCAACGACCUAUCUUUCAUUGCGGGGUUAGGUGGGGCAUAAAAUCAGGGUUAGCACGCAAAAGUACCUUUCUUUUUUAACUUGUCGGCAAGAUGAGAACCAUGUUCUUGAGUGAAAAAAGCUGCUUCUGCAAACCGUUCUCAGCUAUGACGGUUAGAAACGGGGACCGGGGAAGGGGAGAUGACAAAUUAUUAAGUAAUUAAAAUUGUAAAUAAGAUGGCAUUUGUGUAGAGCAGGGGGGAAGUUUUUAUCAGUAACAAAACCACUGGACGUCGUUUUAAAAUAAAGGUUUGAGUUAAAGCCAGUAUACAAUUUUUUUUUGUCUCUUUGGAUUUGUUUGUGUGUCUUUCCAUUGAUUUGGAAGGCUGUAAAGAUGUAAAAAAAAUAAAUUUUAAAGAAUUGCUACAAAGGUUUAAAAGCUUGAGAGAGAUUUUAAAAAAAAAGAUAAAAGUGACUGAAUAUAAUAGAUUGUCAAGAUUUUUUUGGAUGACGGUUAGAGUUUAAGAUAAUCCUGUAGAUUUUAGCUGAUGAAGAAAGACUAUACAGUUUUUAAUUUUUAUAUAAACUAUAACCCAGUCUUGAAGCUAAAACUUUUUUAAAGUUCUCUGCCUGUAUAAUCGCAUUUGAAGCCUUGUCCCAUACUUCUGUUUACAGUUGCACAUAUUAUAUAUAUUAAGUUUUAACCCUUUUAUGAACCCAAAAUAAUCACUUUUUAAAAAAUAAAGUGUGGACUUUGUGAGGAAUUAUAUUUUGUGUUUUGGGGUUUUAUUACUUCGUGUGUGUGAUUUCUGUGUAGCAGAGUUGUCCUUCGUAAUGAGAGCAAAGAGCUGAAAACAAACAGAAAGAUUCCUUAAAAAAAUAAAUAAAAGCAAACAAAAAAACACCCUUGUACGUGGCAUGUUUUGUAAUGGGUACAGUUUUGAAAUGUAUAUAACUUAAGUGCAAAGAUGAAAAAGAAUUGGUUCCCAAUUUUGCUUCUCUAAGAAGAUUUUUAAAAGAAAUAAAAAACCCACUAAAUUGCA